CUCUCUCUCUCUUUCUCUCUCUCUCUCUCUGCCUCCCUUCCUCUCCCUCUCCCCAAAACAAGAACAUUCUCUUCUUCCUUUGCUGAGUUUUGAGCUGCCCACCCCCUCCUGCUUUGUCUUUCUAUCAUGAAGAUCAAAAUAGCUGCCUUUUUAGCAGGGAUCAUCGCAGUCCUUGGGGUCCUUCUCUUUCUUGUAGCCUUUGGGACAGAUUAUUGGCUCCUGGCGACGGAGACGUGUGGAGGAUUCAUACCUGAGAACGGCACCUAUCACACUGAGGAGGUAAACCUGGAGAAAUAGUUUGUGAAGAACCUUCUGUAGCUUUAAUGAACCGUUAUCAGGGGAAAAGAGAAUGCUCUUGGAAAGGAGAGGAAAAUGAAAGAGAUUGAGAGUUUUGAUCUCAAAUAAGAAUCUCUCGUGCAUGCUCUCUCUUCACCUGACAUAGUCAGAUUAAAUUAAUUCUUAAACAACCAGACUAUCACCAGUGACUGUCAUCUGCAAAGAAAAUACAAUGUUUUCCUUAGAAUUAUGUGUGUGCCCCCCCCCUUACAUGCAGAUCUAAUGGAUGAAUUAGUGCAGUAAAACUCAUAUAAUGACUCGGCUAAUGUUUAUUUAACCUGGUGUCACCCCUGCUAAAAAACAAGGACAUAUUGUAGCAAAUAUUAUACUCCAGUUCUGGUAACUGGCUAAGCCUAAGGUCCUAUUCACCCUUACCUGGGAGUAAUCUGAUUGUACAUACUGGGCCUUACUUUCAAAGUAAAUAUGCAUAAUAUUAGAGGGCAAAAACCAGCCAGGCUUGUAAAAUUCUGUAAAAUGCCAAAUAGCAAACCUUGACUGUGUGAAUGUAGGAAAUGUCCUUGGGGAUUCUCUCAACUCCAUCCAUUGUGUCUCCAGUUUCUUUGGCAUGUUACUCACUCUUCCAAGUGGAGGAGGAAGCAGGGGAGAGGUCCAGUUCAAAACAUGCUUUUACCCAGUGUAUUUAUUCCAACUGCUGGAAUGAGAUAUUAUUAACCCCACACCCAGAUUCUUUUAAAACAUUGGCUGGGAUCCAAAGAACCAGGCUGCUUGUUCUGUGCCCACCAACCAGACUUUUAAGGCUUAUGUUUUCCUAUGGUUUCCCCCACCUCUCCUUCUGCAUGACAAUCCACUUUUGAAACUGAAGGACCUUCAGAAACAGUUUGACUUUGUGACAAGUCUUAGGGAAAUGGACUGCUGCUUAAAAAAAUGAGAAAACAGCACCCACACACCUGCAAAACACACUGUGAAUGUUUCCAGUCCUUGGGUGUACAUAAAGUAGUCGUUUGGGUUUUGGAGAAUGAUGUCCAAAACUUGCAUUUAAGUUAAUAAACAACAACACAUUGGCUAGCUAGUAUGCUCUGUAUUUGUAUAUAUAAGCAGUGAUUGGUAUAUUAGGGAUUCAAGCUCAAUUUUAACACUAUCUGACUAUUAAUACCGUGUUUAAAAAUAUAACCUAUCUAACAAGAGUUGUUGUGAUGAUAAAAUGAAGUGGGCAGUACCCCAUACAGUAUCUUACAAGAAAAGUGGGGUACAAAUGUAACUGUAAAUGAAUAAAUGCUUCUGUGCUAAAUGGAAUGCAAUAAUUUCCAUAGAACUCCUGGAUUUUCAUUUCAUUUUUUAAAAAUAGGUUGGGACGGGAAAUUGGACAAAAGGAAUUCUUACGUUUCAUCAUGAAGGUUUCUUUUGGCGGUGCUGGUUCUUUGGUGAAGAUUACAAGGAGACCAUAUGGAACUUCUGGUUUAGUGAGUACAAGUGGAAUCGGCAACACAGUGUUGCAGUAUUUAGUAGCUACCUAACAAGCGUGCUUCUGUUGAGGUUGUAGCCACCCAGAAGAAGGCAUUGAUUUUCAUCCUGCCCUCUAUUAAUCACAUGUGUCACUGUUUCUAUUCCACUGCAGUUCACCUUCCACCAAAAAUGACAUUAUUCAACUCACAGUCCACUGUGGCAAAAUUAUGUAACGUACAUUGUGAUUACAUUAUUCUACUCCAUUCAUUUCACUGCAAAGGAAGCUUAGUACAAAUGGUGGGAGAUCUGUAAUCAAUUAUGUGUCAUUUGCAGACUGAAAGCAGCAGUCGUAUUUGUUGGAUUGGUUUGCCAUCCAGCCUGCAGCUUUGGUUUAAGCAUAGUAACCUUGAGACUGCAUUAUUGAACUGCACUCUAUGUGGGGCUGCCCUUGUGCCUGGUCUGGAAGCUCCAGCUGGUGUAGAAUGCAAUAAUUGGUCUGCUGAUGGGGGCAGGUGACUGAUAGCAUCUGCUAAGACACCUGCACUGGUUGUCCAUAUGCAACCAGCCAGGUUCAAGGCUCUUGUGUUGAUAUACAAAGCCCUGAAUAACUUGGACAAAGCAUACUUUGAGCCCUUGAGCCCUUAUAUCCAGGUUUAAUCACCAAGAAAGCUGUUGUCCCCCAUGUUAACAGAAGCCUGACUGGCCUCAGCUGCAAGUUGGACAUUGAGUGUCAAUGGUCACAUGCUGUGGACCAGUCUUCCAGCAGGGAUUAUUAGGCAGUCACCCUCACAUCUGUCUUUCAGGUGCCUCUUGAAGUCCUUUUAAUUACAGCAGGCCAUUGCAGGUGUUUUAAUUAGUCAAUUGCUUUUAUUUGAAUUGCUUUUAACUGUGUGUGUUUUAUUUUAUUAUGAAUCCCUGACCUGAUAGUUUAUGGUUUGGGAGUAGAUAAAUAUGUUUAAUAAAUAAGCAUGAUAGUUAUCCAGGAAUUUUGUGUAUGCGCUUCCACAUUCCUGAUUCUAGAAACUCACCAGCAUUUUAUUCUGACUUCUGAUCCCAAGCAUAUUUACUUGGAAGCAGACCUCACUUGGCCCCACAAUGCCAAGUAUGUGUGCACAGAACUGCCAACUGAGUCUUCUAAUAGCCUUCCUUAUAUUGUACUUCUAGCGUUCAUCGAUAAAGUAUAGAUAAUUCUGGAUUGCCACGUUAAUGUAAUAAUGGAGGCCAUCCAAGCCUAAUUAUUAUAAUACGUUGUAUAACAUGAUAUUACCUUAAGUCAAAUGAUCAAAUUAAACAUCACUUGAAGCCCAUUCCCAUAGCGCAAGAUAUUCUUGAUAACCAGGAGAUCUUUUAUUACUUUUUGUGUCUGCAUUAAUGAGACCGAACGCAGCAAAUUCAUUUUGCCGCUUUUUGCAGAUGCAAUAAUUAAUGCAGUUGAAAUUUCAUUAGUCACUUAGCACGAACGAAUGUCCAUUUAUUAUAAAGUGCCCCCCAUUUUGUGGGAAGCAUUUUUAAGUAAAGUGGAUAAUCAUUAAUUAAUUUGUUGAACAUUCAUCCUAUUACCGUUCAUCAUGAUAAGCCUUGGUGACAUUAAUAUUGAUGGGACACCUCUGCAGUAAUGGCCCCUCUACUUCCUCGGAAGUAUGCCAUCCUUAGGCACUGCAGCACUCAAAAAUGGUAACUAUUCCUAGGUCAAUUCCCAGGCAAUGCAGGAUGAAUUCAAUCAAUAGGUGAACUGCUACCUGAAAGUGGUGGUGGGGAGAUCAUAGAUUAUGAUAGCUUCUACCACAUCAAGCUUAGAACAAAGUAGGAAAUGCAACAAAGGUCACACCAACGCAAUACAUUGAAAGCACAUUUAACACGCAUUUAAAGUAUAUAAAGGACCCCUGACCAUUAAGUCCAGUCGUGGCCGACUCUGGGGUUGCGGCGUUCAUCUCGCUUUAUUGGCUGAGCGAGCCAGAGUACAGCUUCCGGGUAAUGUGGCCAGCAUGACUAAGCCGCUUCUGGCGAACCAGAGCAGCGCACGGAAAUGCCGUUUACCUUCCCGCCGGAGUGGUAUCUAUUUAUCUACUUGCACUUUGAGGUGCUUUUGAACUGCUUGGUUGGCAGGAGCAGGGACCGAGCAAGGGGAGCUCACCCCGUCACAGGGAUUCGAACCGCCAACCUUCUGAUCGGCAAGUCCUAGGCUCUGUGGUUUAACCCGCAGCUUCUCCCAAAGAAUCCUGAGCACUGUAGUUUGUUAAGGGUGCUGGUAGUUGUAGCUCUGUGAGGGGGAAAACUAUAUUUCCUAAGAUUCUAUGAGGGAAGCUAUAUGCUUUAAAUGUGCAUUGAAUGUGAUUUAAAUGCUUGGUGCGGAUGUGACCCAAAGGUGUAGUGUGGAAUGCAUCUGCUUGGGGUUGAGGACCCUCCAUUCCAUUCCCACUUCCACCUGAUUUUCUAUCUCCUCCCAUCAGUCAGUAUUCUAGGGGCACUGAACAUGCUCAGUCCUCAUUAGGUUGCUUGGGAAUCUCCCACGCUGUGCCUCCCCUAAAGAUUUUUUGUACUUUUGUAAAAACAGAGAUUUUCCCAAGCUUGUUGCUACCCUCUACUUGCGUGUGGAUGGUGCCAUGUUGGCGGCAAUGACACAAACAGCCUUGACAUUGUAAACAGAGAGAAUAAUGAUUUACUAAAGAAACAGUCAUGUAAAAAUAUAUCUAGUAACGAGGAUUUUCAUUGGGAUUUCUUCCCACUAAAUAGUGCCCUUCACCACUCUAAGAGAUACUAUUGACAAAAACUCAACCACCCUUGGAGUAACUUUUGUGUUAAUGUCAGACAGAUAGAAUCUGAUAUUUCCAUUGUGCCGUGAUGUUAGACUACGUGUUUGCCUAGCUGGUUGUACAAUGGACAGUAGAAAAGAAUAAGUUCUACAGUUUCUGGCCCCCAAAAAUGCAAUUUUUGGUUUACUUGUCGAAGAUCUAGGACAAACUGCCGCCUUCUGGAAAUCCCCCCUGGACGUCACUUCCACCUUUGAAAUCCUGGUAAUGUCUGGGAAAUCCCGGAUGUACGGCAGCCCUAAUUAAAAGCAAGACAGCUCCUGCCUGCAGGCUUACAAUCUAAAAAACAAACAAAAAGACUCACAAGGGGAAAGGGCAGAGUUGGUAGGAAAUAAGUAAACUUGGGCACCAAUUCUUAAACAGUUGCUCUGAUAACAGCCAGCUUGCAUAUUUUAGAUGUUCUUGCAUUACAGAUGCAUGAUUAGAACCCUUGUAGACCUGAUUACCGUGACUGUUAAACCACAGAGGCAGCAGACAACUGUCCUGUUUUCUAUUUUUUUCUUCCAGCGAGUCAAGCACAUCCAAAACAUUGCAUGCAUGGCUACCUGUUUCCUAUGCCUAUUGCACUUGGACCUCAUCCUCACCCCUCAUACGAUGCAACUGCAGGUAUGCACAUGUUAAGAGGUAACCAAAUAACACAUGUAUUAGGCCAGCUGUUGUUGUAGGUGUAUGUUGAGCAGUAAAAAUGUAGCAAGCAGCAACACCUCUACAACUGUGUUUUAGGGCUGGGGGGUAAUGGUGGGAAAACCCCUGUGCCCAGGCCAAAUGAGAUGGAUGAUGCAGGCAGCAGAUAUCUGGGAUGGCAGCAUCCCUCCUAUCAUUCCCCCUGAGCUGAUCUACAGCCCUCAGGUACUGUAAAGUAUGUUGUCUCAUUGUGUUGAAGUAAGGUUUACCUGCUAGUCCGACCAGAUUACAUGCAUCUAUCAGAGGGAAUGGGGAGGCAUCUUUUUAUUUAUUGUCUCUGCCUCUAUCACCAUAGAGUGGGUGGACAGCAAUUUUUCUUGGCAAACUCACUCGCUGGGCCAGCCAUUAAAAAUUUGACCCCAUAGACUAUGUCUACUGUUAUCCUACCACCUCGGGUGCAGUGGUUAAGAACGGUGGACUCGUAAUCAGGUGAACCGGGUUCACGUCUCCGCUCCUUCACAUGCAGCUGCUGGGUGACCUUGGGCUAGUCACACUUCUUUGAAGUCUCUCAACCCCACUCACCUCACAGAGUGUUUGCUGUGGGGGAGGAAGGGAAAGGAGAAUGUUAGCCGCUUUGAGACUCCUUAAGGGGAGUGAAAGGCGGGAUAUCAAGUUCAAAUUCCUCCUCCUCCUCCUCCUCCUCCUCCUCCUCCUCCUCCUCUUCUUCCAUUGCAUGUAUACACCCAAUUUGACUUCUAAGUAAACAGGGAAGGGCUAUAGUAGCACAGGGGUAAAGCACAUGUUUUGCAUGCAAAAGGUUCAAAGCCCCCUUAUCUCAAAGGAAUGGCUGAGAAAGAUUCCUGUGUGAAACCCUGAAUUGCUGAUCCAUUGUUCUGCUGGGAAGAGGGCUUAACCCUUUGCCUUUGCGCUGUAAUCCUUAUGAACAAUGGAACACCAGAUUAUUGGCUCAUAUCUCAAUAUUGCCUACACUGACUGGUAGCAUCUGUCCAGUGUUGGGACAUUUCCAGCCUUACCUGGAGAUGGUGGGGACUGAUCCAGGGACUUUCUGCAAUCAAAGUAGAUGCUUUUACUACUGAGCUACAGCAGAGGUAGCCAACGCAGUGCCUUCCAGAUGUUGUUGGACUACAGUUCCCAUUAUCCCCAGCCAACAUAGCAAGUUAUUAAGGAUGAUGGGAAUUGUAGUCCAACAUCACCUGUAGGGUGCUAUGGACUCUGGCUGUGGCCCUUUCUCUGCAUACCAUGGUUGCAAUUGUAAUCACCUCCUCCAACCCCUCCCCCAUGAAAUAUGAUCAUCCAUUUAUCAUGUUUGUAAACAUAGAAAGGACAUGGCUAUUCAGCACUGGUGUUCUGUGUAUAACAUGAUACCUACCACAUGAUGCACCCUGGUUAUGCUUGCGAGUUAGGGUGCAGAGAUCAGCUGAGUCCAUUGCAGCAGCUCCAUACAAGAACCUGAUUCUGAAUUACUGGUGAUAAUCCUGGGAUUUGUUUCAUUCUCUCUCUCCCCGCCCCCCCCGCGACUUUCCCCAAAUUGUUUGCUGGAGAAACUUGGAACAAAUUGGUUUGCUACAAGCCUCUCCUGAAAGGAGAUCCGAUUAUGUGAGUUUACUCAGCGUUCCCCUAUACUUUCUUCUUUCCGAUUGCGCAGUGUACAGGGGCUUCUGGACAGCGUUCAUUGUGCUGGCUGUCACCGCCAGCCUCGUAGGAGGAUUUCUCUUGGUGUGUGGUGUGCCUUUUGUCAGUGCACGGUUCUAUAAAGUAGGAGGCGGAUUCUUCAUCACGGCUGGUAAGCUGCCAAUUCAUGAUAAUUGGAUAUAUGGGUGCCUGGGAUGCUGAGGCUAAUUCCCACUUUGUGUAGCCUGUGUGUGUGUGUGCGCGCGCAUGCGCAUAAGAGAGAAAGAGAGAGAUUGAGAAUGAAUUUGAAUGUGUGCAAAAAAAUCACAUGGGUCUUCUCAUAAUAAAUUACACAGUAUUUCAUAAAGUGUGCAUGUAUUGACCACUGGUUAGUUUCUCUUUCCUUCUUUCUGGCAUAGUAGUUGGAGUGUUGGAUUUCAUAGAAUCAUAGACCUGUAGAGUUGGAAGGGACCCUGAGGAUCAUCUAGUCUAAUCCCCUGCAAUGUAGCUGUCCCAAAGGGGGAUCGAACCGGCAUCCUCAGCAUUAUCAGCAUGUUCUAACCAACUGAGCUAUCCAGGAUUUGGAUCCUGAGACCCAGAUUUGAAUCCCAGCAAGCCCACAAAACUCACUGAGUCCGCUAAUUCCUCCCUCUUGUUUGUGGGUGUGUGGUGCUACCUUCGCUGUAUAAGGGCCAUCAGCACUCAGAGAAUGAAGGUCAUUAUGACGUUGCUAUGAGUUUUGAGGUGGGUGGAGAAUAGGCUGUAUGCUGAGGCCCUUCUAACCCCUGGAUCCAACAAGUGUUAAAAUAUAAGCCAUGCUAGAUUCCUGAUGAGGUGAUUGCCUGGGUAAUGGGCCAUUAAAGGAAACAAAGGAAAUGAGCUGUGUGAGAGACAAACACACAGAUAGAAAGACAAGGCAGAAUUGAGAGAAACUGAAACUUACAGAUUUGGUUACUCCUACUUCUGAAUAAUUGAGAUGACAUUCAUCUAUCACUGUUCAUUGCUGUUAAUAGAUGUGGCCUUCAUACAUCAUUGGACUACAUUUUCCAUCAUUUUUGACCAUUGACUAUGCAGGCUGGGCUUGAUAGGGGUUGGAGUCCAAUGACAGAUGCAACUAGAGCCCCUCUCCCAGCCUGCAUUGUUAAUGGUCAGGAAUGAUGGGAAUUGUAGUUCAACAACAUUGGGAGGGCCUCAGGUUCCACAGUGCUGAUUCCUCAUUCCUUUUUAAGGCAUCUAAGGUAGUAGACGCCACUAUAUUUAGUGUUAGAAUGUUGCAAUAAGUUAAUUAUACACUGUGUGAAAAGUACUUUAUUUUGUCUGUUCCAAACCUCUGGCUAAUCCAUUUCAUCUGGAGACUCUUGAAUUUUAUACACCUAUAUUUGAUUCUCCACAAAAUGCAUAUGUGAUUUAUACCCUGCUCCUUCAAUAAAAUUCCCAGGGCCGCUAAACAAAACUUCCAGUCCAAUAAAACAAAUGUAGGACUAAACAAAAUACAAUUGUACAAAGUACAAUUAAUACAUCUAGUAAAUACUUUAAUCUAAACUGGUUCUUAUGAUUGUUCCAGUAAUAUUUAGUCAAAGGUCUUCGUACGAGAUAAUCUGGACCAUCAUCUGAAUCUCUGAAUAGAGUUAUGUAAUGUUUAUUUACACUGGCUGCUACUUCUGUUGUUAUACACUGUCAUACAGUGGUUCCACUCCUUCCUCCUGGGCCGUGUUCAGAAAUUGGUGGUGGGGGAUGAGUGUUCAGACCCCUGGGCCCUCACUUGUGGGGUGCCUCAGGGUUCUGUCCUCUCCCCCAUGCUUUUCAACAUUUACAUGCAGCCACUGGGAGAGAUCAUCAGGAGGUUUGGGCUGGGUGUUCAUCAGUAUGCAGAUGAUACCCAGCUCUACCUCUCUUUUAAAUCAGAACCAGUGAAGGCGGUGAAGGUCCUGUGUGAGUGUCUGGAGGCGGUUGGAGGAUGGAUGGCGGCUAACAGAUUGAGGUUGAAUCCUGACAAGACAGAAGUACUGUUUUUGGGGGACAGGAGGCGGGCAGGUAUGGAGGAUUCCCUGGUCCUGAAUGGGGUAACUGUGCCCCUGAAGGACCAGGUGCGCAGCCUGGGAGUCAUUUUGGACUCACAGCUGUCCAUGGAGGCACAGGUCAAAUCUGUGUCCAGGGCAGCUGUUUACCAGCUCCAUCUGGUACGUAGGCUGAGACCCUAUCUGCCUGCGGACUGUCUCGCCAGAGUGGUGCAUGCUCUGGUUAUCUCCCGCUUGGACUACUGCAAUGCGCUCUACGUAGGGCUACCUUUGAAGGUGACUCGGAAACUACAACUAAUCCAGAAUGCGGCAGCUAGACUGGUGACUGGGGGCGGCCGCCGAGACCAUAUAACACCGGUCUUGAAAGACCUACAUUGGCUCCCAGUACAUUUCCGAGCACAAUUCAAAGUGUUGGUGCUGACCUUUAAAGCCCUAAACGGCCUCGGUCCUGUAUACCUGAAGGAGCGUCUCCACCCCCAUCGUUCUGCCCGGACGCUGAGGUCCAGCGCCGAGAGCCUUCUGGCGGUUCCCUCAUUGCGAGAAGCAAAGCUACAGGGAACCAGGCCCUCCCACGAGAUGUCAAAGCGAUAAACAACUACCUGACAUUCAGAAGACAUCUUAAGGCAGCCCUGUUCAGGGAAGUUUUUAACGUGUGAUAUUUUAGUGUAUUUUUGGUUUCUAUGGAAGCCGCCCAGAGUGGCUGGGGAGGCCCAGCCAGAUGGGCAGGGUAUAAAUAAUAAAUUAUUAUUAUUAUUAUUAUUAUUAUUAUUAUUAUUUAUCCUCUGUUAGUCAUACUCAGAGCGGAUCGAUUCAAAUUAAUGAAUGUGGCUAAUCUAGGGGACGUUAAUUUCAGUGGCUCAACUCUGAGUGGAUUUGUAGCAGGAUCCACACCCAAUAAUAAUUCAAUGUAUGAAUUGCUUGACAAAUAAGGAGUCUCAAGGUGACUUACAAAUUUAAAGACAUAAAACAUCAUAAAACCAGGAAAACAAAAACGAAUUACAACAAAAGUUAUAAAAUAAACUAUAAAAUAGACUGAGUGGGGGGUUAUUGGGUUGUUUUUGAUUUUACUUUUAUUUAUGUGUUUGUGCAUUGUGACUUUAUGCUGUAACCACCCUGAGACCUGCGGGUAUAGGGCGGUAUACAAAUUUAAUAAAUAAUAAUAACUAAUAAAAUAAGCAGCAGCAAAAGCUCUGACAGCAAGAUACACAAUCAAUGAACUGCAAAAUCAUUUUAUACACCAUCCACUCUAAGAAUAAAAUAAGAAUCCAUUGCCAUCUUAUAACAUUCAAUAACAUCAACAGUAUUUCUUUCACAGCCUUAGGAUUUGGAAUGACAACAGAAGGGGGAAACUGUCAUUGUCAUCUGAUAUGGAUGGCAGAUCAUCCUUAAUUAACUUACGUGUCCCGGAGAUCUUUCCUUCGAGAAAAGUGAAAGUGAUUGUAAUUUAUAGGGAGGGAGAAUUUGCCUUGGGAUUAAGUUCUGAGAUAGGAAAUCAGGAUUCUGCCUACACCCUAAAGUAGAGACUUUCUCUGCUCCUAAAUAAUAAUCUGAUUGAUUGAUUGAUUGAUUGAAAAUACAUCAUCCUCCACUUGCCACCCUAUUUGCAUUUUUUGGGGGGAAUAAGGACAGGAAAAUUCAUGGUGGUGGUGGGAACAAAAUCCACCAGCACUAUCAGAAGAACUUUCAAAUACACACUAGCCAUCUUUCUUUUUUACAUAGAAGACCCUGUCAUGACAGUAUUUCAGGACUGAGGUCACCAACAUACUACCUGUAAGCCCUCAGACAACCCCCUUGGGACUUGUCAUGGCCCCCUACCCCCUAAUUCUGAUUUGGGGGGGGUGUUGCCUGAGGUUUUGGUCUGUGUUUUGUUUUGAGGUAGGUAUAGGUUGCUUAUUACAGAUAGGAGUUCUGAGCACUGCCACUAUUAUGAUGUGCCUGUGACAGUUCCUAAAAUUUUCAAGUGUGUCCCCGGGCCACAAAUGCUUGGGGACCACUGAUGAAAGGUGUUUUUAGGUGUGUUUUUUUUAAAAAAGUAAACUAAGUGUUGUUGCCCCUAGUUGCUCCACUCACCAUCCCUGCAAUGUAAUGUUAGAAUGAACUUGUUAAGUGCUAUUGAGGCUUUUCAUGUCUCCUGCGCCUUCUCCUUUCACCUUUUGGCCUAUUUUAUUGUAGUUCACUGUGGUAGCUGAAUCACCACCCAACAGCUUCUUUAUUAUGUAGUGACCGUGUGUGACAAUAGACUCUGGAAGGCUAUUGGAAGUUUCUUGCAAGUGGUCUCUAUUUUUGUGUAUUUAACACCGCAAUUGUAAACGCACCUGAAAGUUGGAGGCAUCCAUCUGCCCUAAGAGUCAAUGAAGUACACCUCUGGAGGCGAAGUCUAAUGGCUGCAUUAGCAGCACAUAAGUGACCUCCCAGGGGUGCAAGCCUGGUCAGUGUUUAUAAAGGUCCUGGGCUUCCCAGACCACAAGAUUCCCCUCUCAGCCUCCCGGAUGUGGACCAAAGGAAAGCAGAGUAACACAUUUGUCACCAGCUGGGCUGCAGAAGUUGCUGGAAGGAGGUGUACAAGGCACCAUCCAACCAUUUCAGGGACUUCACUCCAGAUUUGGGUAGGGUUUACUCUUUAGCCUAUUCUUCUCCUGAGGAUAUCCUGCAAGCCAGCAGAGGUUUAGGAUCAGAGCUGAAGUGUAUGUCUGCAUAUGGUGAUCAGGAAAUGACACUGUGUUACACCUCUAGGGAUGGGGAAAUCCACCAAUGUUAGUUUCUCUCAGUUUCUCAUUUUUUCCCAAUCUUAAAUACAGUUCCCCACAUCUUCACAUCAUUUUGUGUGCUUAAAAAAACAACCCACCAGCAUUUUAGUGCAGUUUUCACUUAAUGUACUCUAUGAAAGCAAUCUUGCCUAAUAUACACAUUUUUCUAAAGCACUUCCCCUUAAUAUAAUGCACUUUAUUGUAUGUUACUUUUGCAUUAGGUAGGUUCACAAAUAAAUGCAAACUGAAUCAAAUUUCUUCCCUAUCCCUAAAUGUCCCCCAGUGACUAAAACAUGGGCAAGGUUUAGGGAUUUCAAAGCCAGAAGAAGGGGAAUGUGUCUUGAAACCUAGCAGGAUCUCAGGUUCAAAGUGACAGAAGUUGGUAGGACUGCAUGCUGUGCCAGCAGAGACCUUUUUCAAUUACAAACAGGGCUUCAGUGGGGAAAGAUUUGAUCAUCUCAUUGCAUUCUUUCUUUCUAAGAAUGUCAGGCAAUUAUUGACCGUGUUUUAGAGCAUCUGCCUGGUAACCUGCCAGCUACCUUAACAAAAUCUUUCUAGGUGGUUUUUUCCGGAGGCACCCUUUCAAAAUGAACCAGCUCAUCUACACUUGUAGGCUGAGAAGAUUAUUCAGCAGAUGGACCUGGAAGCUUUUUGAUAUUUAUUGCUAUCUUCUCUUGGAGACCUUUAUCCCUACCAAGCUACUGGCUGUGUUGCCAACUGCUUUAUCAGAUAAUGAAACACAUUUUCUGUGAGAACUGCUUUGCCAUGAGGUGUUCUUAACCAUGUUUGACAUGUGACAGUUAACUUGAGAGAGGCUUUCUUUGCAAAUUCAUAUAACAGUUUCCAGUGGGGUAGCCUUGCAGCAGCAAAAACCAACCAAGUAUACUUUAAAGACUAACAGAUUUAUUGGAUUAGAGCUGGAAUUUAGUCCAUGAAUAUGUAUGUCAUAUCACAGGGGUGGGAAAACUCAAAUGUGGUCCUUCAAAUCUCCCCAGUUGGCCCCCACAACUCUUCCUGGGCCACACCCCUCAUUGACCCUGCUUCACACAGAGAAUGUUUUGCUCUGGGUGGAAUGCAUACUUUAACUACAGUAUUUCCUCUCUCUUGGAGACUAGAGAGGGGUGUGUGAGUGUGUGUCGAAACUAGCCUACUGUACACAGACAAAACUUAUAACAAUUGCUCCAUCAACCUUCAUAUCUAGUCCUGCCCAGAACUGGCAUGUGGCCCUUGGAAGAUUGUUCAGAAGGCAACACAGCCCUCAGAGUGAAAAAGAUCCCCCUCACCUGCUUAAAUCCCCGCUUCUACACAAUAUUAUGGAUGGAGCAUGAGUCCUGCCCUCUUUUCCACCUGGACGCUCUACAUGCACCUGAAAGACCUCCUAUCAUAUGAAAGGAUCAAAAAUGAAACUGCCAGUAUCAGAAUUCCUUUACGCAAAUCUAUGGUGCAGAAACACUUGGAAUACUCUGAACAUUCUCCAUUCAGAAAAGAUAUACUGGAGCUAGCAAGGGUGCAGAAAAGGGCAGCCAAAAUAAUCAAGAUCCUGGAGACACUCCCUAGGGUGGGUGCAAAAUGGAGAUUGGAUAAAUUCAUGGUGGUUAAGGCUAUUAGGUCACGAUGACGCCUAUGUUCUAAUGCCACUGUUAGAGGCCACAUGCCUCUAAAAACCAGUUAAUGGGAACCAUUAAUUAAUGGAAAUCAAUAACAGCAACGUGAGGAGAGUUGCCAUUGCAGUCAUAUUCUGCUGGUGGACUUCCCAUAGUCAUCUGAUUGGCUGCCGUAGAACAAGAUGCUGGACCAGAUAGGCCUUUGACUUGAUCUAGUUUUAUCUGAUGAGUGUAACAAAUGGCCUGGCUCACAGGGAUUCUUCCCAGUCCUUGACGGAGUUCCACCAAACCUUUUAAAGAAAGAAAAUAAUAGAGAGAAAAUGGGGGGAGAGAGAUAGCCAACACUUUAUAUUACAAAUUGUUCUCUCAAAGUUAAUAGUUCCAUAUUGUGGCUGCUAUAAGCUGCUCAUAUAUCAUAUACAUUUGCACUUAUGAAUUGCCAAUAAAGAUAUCAGCAUCUCAUUAUUUUUUCUUAGUUUUUUUGGAUGUUUUUGCUAGGCAAGGAGGUGAGAAAAAGGGGGGGGGGGUUUGAAAGUUCACUUUCCCUGUAAUUAGCAAAUUAUAGACAGGCUUCGGAAGUUCUGAAGAGAGUCUGGAGUUCAUCCACUUGUCUCUACAAUUAGCCAACAAGGUUUCACGAUGCUAUGAAGCGAGAAAGGAUGGCACAGAGUUUAGUGAACAAUUUACUUGAAAUUAAGUUGCUACCAUCCUUUGACUGAGAAGGAGGAGUUAGGAAGACUUGCAGUCAGCCCCUAGACAAUUGUUGCAAGAAUUUAAAGGCGAAAGGUGUCAUAGCACGGUUCAACGCCCUUGCAAUUAGUCCCUCCCCAGAAGAUACCAUUGACCUAAAUCAACAUUGAAAUGGAAACUCUCAAUUAAUCGCAGGCCCUAAUGGGUGGAGGCAGAGAGCGUUUAAAGAAAGGAAGGGAUCAGUUCUGUCAAUAUAUGCAGCCAGCCAAUGCCACGAAGCAAAGCUGAACAAAUGCAUACAAUUGUGCUAUGAGUAAAACUAAAGACUAGAUCGGUCCCAAUACAGGAUUCCAGGAGCUGUUAUCUGGCCUCAAAACCAGAAGGUGCCUUCAAAAAAGUGUGUGUGUGAGAGAGAAGGGGGGCUGCUUCCCUUCCUUCAUAUUCUGCUCACUCCCACUAUACCUUACUUCUGCCAAUGCAAACUUCUCCCACCAGUCCUGCCCCAUAGAAAUAAGCAGUUAGAGCAGGGGCAUCUAAUCUUUUAUUUUGGCUUAAGAGCCCCAUCAAUAAUUGGCAAACCCUUUGAGGGCCACAUUAUGCUAGUUGUGGGCACGGCCAAAGUGGACAAGGGCCAUUUCCUUGCAUGUGUUCAUGCACACACUCACCACAUAUGCAGCACACAUACAGACCUCUCACAUACCAGCAUUUUAAUACGAAUAUCCCCUGGUAUGUGAAUUUUUGUAUGCAAAUUUCCUUAAUAUAUACAUUUUUGCAAGCAAUUCCCCCUUAGAUGAUAUGCAUUUUUGCAUAUUAUUUCCCUCUCAGUUAAUGCGUUUUCUCCUAAUAGACACCUUUUGGCACACAUUAUUUGGUUAGAGAACUGCACUGCAGAGAACUGCAAAUUUUGAAGGAUAAAAGCAUUUUGGUUAGCAUAUUUUUUUCAUGAAAUGUGAAUUAAAGAGUUAAAGAGUUUUGUAUUAAAAUGCAAACUGAACUGAAUGUAUCUCCCAUCCCUAUGUACCUUCAGUUCCUUGGUACCCGUCUCCUAUGUGGCAAACCUGCCCUUUUAGGCCACCCUGAACUUUCCACCUUAUGAGGAAGAGACAGCACAAAACAAUAUAUACAUUUAAAGUUUUUAUAAACUUUUGCUCUUGUUUGGAUUGUAUAAAAAUAUUACCCUCCCUGUGUCCUGAUCUGGAGAAGUCCAAACAGUCUUUCCCCAAACAUUGCAAGAGGGCAUGUAACAUAAUCACUGUGAAGUGUAUUUUGGAAAUCUGAAACCAAUGGCUAAGAAACAAGUUCAGCAACAUGCAGAGAGUGAUAAUGGCACCUCAUGCAAAUCUAGGAAUUCAUGACUUUUGCAGCUCAAGAGAAUAGAAACAAGGUAAUCUUUUAUGCAAUUUGGUCACACGUCCUAGAAUUAUAUCAAUAGCUUUGCAUAGCAUGCAUAAAACAUGUGACAAAACAUUGCAACAGAUCCUCCCUCCUAAAAGCUUGCUGCUGAAAUCCUGUAACUUUCCAUACCACAGAUGUUCCAGGGGUUUGCUUUGUUUCUUUGUCUUGAUUUUGUUGCGCUAUAGAGCAAUAUUGCCCUUCCAGACACCAAUAAUGUGGUAACAUCAGGGAAGCAUUGUAGAACAAACUAAUAGUGCAGAAUGGUGUGUGGAUGGUCCAGCAUAGGUCCACCACUAAUGCAUGAUUACUGCACCAAUGACAUGUUGCAGAAUACAACCGCAACCCUGCCCUCACAAAACACCUGUCUUCAGGGGCCCUGUUUGUAAGCUACUUUGGGAUUCAUUCAAGUAGGAAGUGCCAUAGAAAUACAAAUAAACAAUCAAACCAACCCAACCCAACCCAACCAAGCCUCUCUCUUCUUCUUCUCUCCCAGGUGCUUUAUUUGCCCUGCUCAUAUUCAUGUUUGCAAUGUGGAAGGAAUUUGCUGCCGAUCUCCCGAAGUACAUACUUCUAGAAAGAAGCGAAAGAUGCCUCGACGAUAUCCCUGUGAACGUUUAUUACGGGUGGUCAUUCAUGUUUGCAGCUGCGGGAGUCCCCUUAGUAUUUAUUUCUGGAAUCCUUUUCUACCUUGUCGGUUACAGUAUCCCGAAGGAGCUGGAAUAAGAAAGGGCUGGGCCUCUGUGGGAGAUGUGCAGGAGGGGAAUGAUCUGAUGCUAUCUUGGCAUUGGGGAAAGCGUUUGUAGAAAUAUUUGUGUCAUUUAAGUGUUUGAUGGCAAAGCACUCUAAAACAAUGGCGGUGGAUCACUUUAGCACAGAGGUAGGGAACCUCAGGCCCGGCGACCAAAUGUCUGGACCUCAGGAAACCCUUCACAGCCACAGCUCCUUCACUAGCUCUUAUUAGCACCUUUCUUGUGUGCUUUUGUGCCUGGCUGGAAAGUGUCUAUGAAUUCUGAUAAUGCCUCUUGCUUGUGUUACGGAGGAUAAAGGGGUGUGUGUGUGUGUGUGUGUUUAGAAACUAGCCUACUGGACAAAAGUAAAGUUUAUAUUUGUUGCUUUGCCCACUUUUGCAACUGGCUCCACCCGCCACUGGCAUGUGGUUCCUAGAAGGUUGUCCAUUGUGGUCCUUGGACAGAAAUAGGUUCUCCACCUCUGCCUUAGUGGGAAAUAUGUCAUUUGCUACCUCGUAGGGCAUGUCAUUUUUUGGGGAGGAGGGGGGUUGAAACUUAAUUUUUGAAAAUUUCUUCAGCAAGGGGGUCUUAUAUAUAUAUUAUUUUGGGUGUGAGGAAUUCAAACAUGCCAUUAUUUUUGUGACUGGACAACAUUUAGCUUGGUAAAUCCAGGUUUGAUUAAAAAACUGUUCUUGGAAAACCAAAUAAUUUUAAUUUUAAUUUCUGAAAAUGUGGGCAAUGCUAUAAAAAAGUUAGUUUCUCAGCACAAAGCAUAUCCAACUAAGCAUACAACAUUACCUUGUAUUCAUACAGCAAUAUUAGAAAGCAAUGACAUCAGUUCAUAAGAAAUUUAAACAGCAAGUUUCAUCAAGUCUUGCUUGGCUUCGUCCUUGGCCAUCAGCCACUUCUUGGCCUCUGAUGUAGCCCUGCUGCCUCUGUGACUUGCUGCACACACCUCUCUAUAGACUGAGCAUAACAGGACUGUUGCAGAACUUUCAUGGGCUCAGCAAUAAACUUAUUCACUUCCACCGUAGUAAGAUGACAUGUCAAAGGAGGUUCAUAUACCCCAUCAGACUAAUUGAUCAGCUCAAACAGGGACAAAGCACUGGGGUUCAUGGAAGGAGUCUUCCUCAGACAUACAAAAGGUUCUCUCAGUGCCCCUCAAGUCAACAAUCUUUUGGAUACCAGUUCUCCUCUUCUCACUGUCAUCUGAGUUCAAGGGUAUCUGGAUUAUUAUUUUGCUGAAUGUAUACUAUGCUGAGCACUGAAUCGUUGGCAAAGCCUGUUUGCUGUUGUUAACCAUUUUGAAUGGCUCUCUGGAUUAAUAUCAAGAAGGUCCAGAUCCAUUUCAUGUAUUCCUAUCAUUAUGGCCUGUGUGAUCCAAUACCCAUACACUUGAUCAGUAGAGAGAUUAGUUACAAUAUUGUCACUCAGUGAAGUAAGAGGCUCUCCAAUUGAGAGUUUGGUGACUGAAGGACUACUGUGUUUUUCCGUCUGUAAGACACCCCGAUGUAUAAGACACUCCCUAUUUUUGGGGACUCAGAUUUAAGAAAAUGGAGGGAGAUGGCCCUGUGUAUAAACCCCCCCCCCCCAAAUUUUUGACAUUAUUUUUAAGGGAAAAAACCUAGUCUUAUACACAGAAAAAUAUGGUAAUUUCAUGUAAUGUAGCAGUGUCUAGCAUCUUGCCAAUGUCAACUGUCCACUUGCUGUUAGACAGGAUCUUUCCAUCCAGUGCUGUGAUCAAGUGUUGCAGGGGGAACUUGUUGAUGUGGAGGGCAUAAACCAACCAGAUCAACUGUUAUGGACAGGCUGGAUUGAGAGAAGUGGUGGGAGGCACCAACUGGGGAACCCCCAAAGGAACCCCCAAGGAAAGAAGGCUCAGAGCCAGGGGAUUGGUGGUGGGAUGACAAUGAGUGGUCAGAAGGUGAAGAGGGAGAAGACUGGGAGGAGGAGGUGUUGGAAGCUGAAGAGGUGAGCAGGAAGUGUCUGGUAGAGAGCAGUCCAGAACCAGAGGCAGCGAUGAGUUAGGCUUGUGAGGAAGCCAGGCUGUCUCCCCCCCACCCCAUGUCUUCCAGAACCAGAAGAGGUAUGAAGAGGCUGGGCAAAGGGAGUCAAAACACUGGAGUCUCAGAUUGCUUGGGAAGGACCUGGCAGAGGAAGAGACUUAGAGAUCUGUGGGACAGUGGGGGUAGAGGUAUCUUCCAUCAGGCUCACUGCACACUGAAUAAUGCUUUCCUGUGAUGAUGUGGAACUGCUUUCAGCAUAACUUUAGUUGUAUCUUCACAGCCGUCAAAGAAGAUGCAGUCAAUAUCACCCUUCUGAAAAAGACCGUCAAAUUAUUGAUCCAGGGAUUUCAUAACCUUUUAUUGGGCCCUCUUGACUUUAUUGUGAUCAACGGCAAGUCUCUGGUCUUCUCCAGUGAUCAAGCCAGCAUCCAUAAAGGCAGCAGUGGUGAUGGCAGCUGUAGCACGCAGGCCAACUCCAUAUCCAAUGCUCUGCAUAGCAACAUUGUGUAUUUCUGAUGUUUUGUACUCUUUUUAUUAGAAGUGGAAGGUGUACUUGAUUUUUUUGCAAGCGGGGCAGCAAAAUGCAGAGCAAAGGAAAAAAAUUACACUUGCAAUUGAGGAUGUCAAAAAGCUUGUUGAGUUUUGAAGUGAAAGCCUCUUUGACAUCUAGCGUUUCUCUACCAAUCUUCUUGAAUCUUCUUUAAGACUGUGACUCGUGAAUAUACACUGGGGGUGGCAAAAAGAACUGUUUGCUUGUUCCCACUUUAGGGCGAAUGUCUUUUGCAAGACUGGCUGCUGGGUAGUUUCUGACAUCCUCAUCACUUUGUUCUCUUAGCAGUAGCCCGUACGUCAUGACGCCUUGCAGAGUUGGGAGUUCAGAGGGCAACAACUCUCUGCCAGUUCCAAUUAGGUUGCUCAUAUGCACCAAUGUCCCCAGUCUUGUUCUCUGUUUAGAAGUCAUUGUAGGUCAAUUCCCAGUGGUUGGGAUGGUAGUAGCAGCAGCACUGAUGGACAAGUAAUAUAACUGCAAGUACUUAGCAAUCAUUUUUAAUUAUUUUCAUGCAGUUUUCCACACAUUUCCCCCCACAAUAUUUUUUUAAUAAGGCAAGUUUAAAAUUAUUAGAAAUGCAAAAAAACACACACACACACGUCAGUAUUGUUAUGUAGUUAUAUACCAAGCAAAAUGAAAUCAUAUUAAUUUACCCAAAAUAUGCUUUGGAUUCCCAAGUCAUGUUACAACUUUUUAGCACCCCUCAUUUGGGGAAUAUGAAAGUUGAAAAAUUCAACAUGCCCUAAUACCUCAACAUUUGCCAACCUGGUGUCCCCCUCCCUCUUGUUUCGGUCCACAGCUUCUACUACCUCUAGCCAGCAUUGGGUGGGUGUAAGGAGAGGGAGGGGAACUCUCCAAAAUUUUAGGAAGGGGGUUGCCACUUGCCAUAGGUAUCCAUGUGACAUGGCCAAGGGUUUCUGGUUCUUUCUUUCUUUCUUUCUUUCUUUCUUUCUUUCUUGAAGCCUCCCCUGAUUGGCUCCCUGUGCAGCCUCCUCACCAGCUACAUUUCCUGGAACCCAAUGGGAACAACACAUUUUUCUAUCACAUCUCAUUGAUCCCAAGGCAUCCUAGCUUCUUCUACAGAAUGAUUUGCUCAUUUGAGAGCCAUGAAAUGUAAAUAGGCUUGAAACUGGUAUGCAUUUGUAAUGUAGACCUAGUGAUGUCUGGACCUGCCAAUUAUAAUUUCUAUCAUUUUUCAAUCUCAAGGUAAGUUCUCCACAUUUGUAUACCAGUUUGUAUCCCCCCCAUAUUAAAAAUUACUCCUGAAAAUUAAGCAUAAUUUUAAUGCUGAUUUUUCGUAAUAUGCACAUGUCUCUAUGUAAUUUUGUGCAAUAUACCCAUUUUUGCAAGUGGGUUAUCCCUGAGGAUAAUGCAUUUUUGUAUGCUGUAUUAAUAUAUACAUUUCAAUGCAUGCUUUACCCUCAGUAUAUGCAUUUCUGUACAUAUUACUUGGCUGCAGAUCUGCCCUGCAAAUUUCAGAUAAGGGCAGGUGUCGGAGUAUGGCUGUGCUUCAGUUUGCUCAUUUUUUGGGAAAGUGCAGUUUAAGCAGCUUCUCUUUUAAGUGACAACUGAAUAAAAUCCACCACCAACCAUCCCUACUGGAGACACAUUGCAGAAGAAGCUGUGCAAGGCCCUAAAGCCUUUUCCCAUUCACUAAUAUUCCAGAGGUACCCCAGAGAGCUAAUAGAAUCCCCAUCUACUGCUCUAAGAAUUUCACUGGGCUUUGCCCAGAUGUGAGAGUUUACCCUCACUUCCACAUCUAUAGGAGCUAAAGAUUAGCUUUUAAACAACUGAAGGAGAGAAAUAUUUAUCAAAUUAUGCAAGACCUUAGGGUUGCCAUAUUUCAAAACAUGAAAAUCUGGGCACAAAAGUUGUUGAACUUGAUUUUCCCAGACAUUCCAGCGAUUUCUGCAUGGACAGUGUUGGUGAGGGCUGAAUACUGGCUGUCCCCAACCCAGUGUCCCCCAUGGAAAUCCCAUACCCAGAACAGCAUCCGAAAUCAUGUAAAUCGAACCACUUAGUCCAUGUGUGUAUUGCUGGGUGCAUGUGGGAUGGAUCAUUCCACUGAAACAAAUAGGGAACAGCACAUUUAUCAAGAUCCCUCUGCAAGCUUGAAUAGUCACCAGCGUCUUCAGAUGCUUACCUGGUCUGGAGAACCUGUUACUACAGUGGACUAAUAGAAGCACACCACUCACCAUCACUGUGAUAAAAUAACAUGCGAUACACAAUAAAUUUAUGUGCAUGCCUGUAUGCACAGAGGCUUAAACUGUUCAAAUCUUAAACCUCAAAACAGCGGAGAAAUAUUGAGUGACACGGAUCUCCAGAUUUUGGGAGCCCUUGGUAAAGCUGCCCUCUGAGAGACGCCCCCUAGUGGCUAAAUUGUUGCAAAUCAAGGUUUAUAAUCUUUGUCCCUAAAUUUAAGCAACGAUGAAGCAUGAGUGCAUUCAUGUGUGUGUGUGCAAUUGUCCUCAGUGGGAUGCAGUUUGCACUUAAGUGAGCAUGGUGAAAUGCUGGCUGUCUCUUCAAUAUUUAUAUUAACCACAGUUAUAAAUAUUCAGCGUUAAGUCCCAAUUGACCUUAUUUCUUGUUGAAUGCAAUCAAAUCUGGCUGACAUCAUGUAUACUAUUAGCUCUAUUUGUAAAUGCUAAUUAAAUAUAUAUGUUUUUAAAAGGAAAAAAAUACUUCAACUGACAUAAAAGGGUGACUGUUAACAUGUCUUUUAAAUAUUUUAACGUAGCGUUAUGCUGAGAAGAUGAAACAGGGGAACUAUGUUGGUUUUAGAACAUGUAUUUUGUUUGCAUUUAUAUUUUGGGCAAAAUAAUUCUUUGAUUCUUUGCAAACCUUGAUGAAGACAUUGAAUCCCAAACUUUAGUGGACCCACUAACUUCAGAAGGCUUGGCAGUCACCAUACGAUUAAAUGUACUGUUUGUGUAUUAAGUUACCUUUGUAUUCUGUUGCACAGAACCUUCAGUUCUAUCAAAGCCUGCUAAUCUU